AUGUCCGGGAACGUCGUGGCCCACUUGGAGGUGGUGCCAGAGCAGCCUUUGGCCGUGGAGGUGAAGAAAGAGCUCGAACGGAGGAUGGGCAUCAGCCACCAUCGCUUGCGUUUGCUGAAAGAUGGCCAUGAACUUUCUGAUGGUUCUUUUCAGGAAUUGGGAAGCCCCGAUGAGCUGCAUUUGGUGGUGCUUCCCUACCGCCAUGACAAGGCAACUGAGCUGCGCUCCGCCUCGGCGAUAGGCGACCUGGCGCAAGUGGAUCAGCUACUUCAACUCCCACAGGACCCCAAUGCGCUCAGUUGUGAAGCUCCUGGUCUGAGUGUACCCUUCAGCCCGUUGCAAUGCGCGGCAGAGUGUGGACACUUGGAAGUGGUACAACGAUUGCUCCAGGCCCGAGCAGCUCCGGAUACUGAGCUGCUGGGUCCCUUAUGGUUCGCCGCGGCGCAUGGGCAUGUGGAAGUGGUGGAAUGCUUGAUGGACGCUGGCGCAUCCAAGGACAAGGCGGAGCAGAGCGGCAGCACAGCGAUCCAAGUUGCUGCAGCCAAUGGGCAGCUGGACGUGGUGGAGUGCUUGCUAAAGGCUGGGGUCAAUGUCAACAAGCCAGACCGCUUCGGCAUCUCCCCGCUGCGGAUCGCUGCUGCGCGGGGCCACGCGGAGGUGGUGGAGCAGUUGGUGCGAAGCCGUGCACAUGUGGAACAGGUGGAUUUGGAAGGGCGCACUCCUCUUUGGAUGGCGGCGCAGAACAACGAGUGGAAGGUACUCCAGUAUUUACUGGCGGCCCAAGCUGACCCGGAGCACCGAGACACCUCGGGGGACACGCCGCUGCGCACGGCGGUGGCCUACGGGCAAGUGAGGACUGUCCAACAACUGCUGGAGCAGCGUGCAGAUGUGAAUCGACCGGGCCGGCACAGCAUGUCACCGCUGCUCGCAGCGGUGCGCGGCGGCCACACGGAGCUUCUGCGGUGUUUGCUGACCGCGCGCGCGGCGGUGAAGGACGUGAGUGGAGGCGGCGAGGUGAGCUGCCUGUUGGAAGCUGCAUCCAGAGGUGAGAUGGGGAGCGAUGCGAGCGGGAAACGCGCUUCACCCUUGGAGGCGGCUUCCGCCCGUGGAUACAUCGACGUCGUAAAGUGCUUGCUCACGGCCUCUGCAGAUCAACACCAGUCACAUGGGACCUCGCCCUUGAUUGCCGCAGCUUCCUGUGGCCAAUCAGAUGUGGUCCUGUGCUUGCUGGAGGCCAAAGCUGAUCAGCAGGUAGAGACCGGAGGCCAGACGGCCUUACACGUGGCUGCCAGCGGCGGGCACCUCCAAGUGCUACGGCAUUUGUUGGAUGCAGGAGCUGAUUCGAGGUCCUUGGACCUAGAUGGCCGCAGUGCUUUAGCCUUGGCACAGGAAGCAGGGCAUCAGGAUGUGGUGGAGCUCCUUGAGCAGGCGUGGUCCACCUGCAGUGACCAGCAUCUGGCCAUCGGUCAUCGGAAUGGGGACACAUCGUCGACCGACGAAGAAAACGCGCUGGGCAGCCUGGCAGGCAGCCACCCCUCUUCCCAAAAGGACACCAUUGCUUUGGAGGAGAAUUUGCUUUGGGUCAAUAACCUCUCUGAGACGGAGUAUGUCGAUGAUGCCCUGAUUCUGGCAGGUGAUGUCUCUGAUUCAAUGAUCACUUUGGAGUUGACUCUUCAAACGCUGGUGCACAAGUUUGCUGAUGUCUUCUUCGUUCCGGGCAAUCAUGAUCUCUGGACGGGUGAUGACAUGGACUCCCUCGGCAAGCUACUCGAGAUCUUCACACUGUGUAAACGGUUGGGAAUUCACACCGUGGCCAAGCGGAUUGGAACUCCCGAGCAGGGCUGCUGGGUGUGUCCCAUCUUGUCGUGGCAUCACCAGAGCUGGGACCCAGAACCAGACCUGGAAGGUUGGGAUCUGCCCACCGACCCCGCGCUGUGUAUGGCUGACUUCUCUCGGUGCCGGUUUCCCCCCGCUGUCUCCAUGUUCGACGACUCGGCCAGCCGCCGGGUGGAUGCGUUGAACGACCAGCUGAAGCUCCAAGAAGCGUUGGUCGAUCGACAAGAUGAGCCAUUGGUCACUUUCUCCCACUUCCUGCCACGCAUCGAGUUGCUCUUGGAGAAACGCUUCUUGAUGAUUCCUUGUUUGGCCAAGGCAUCCGGCUCCAACUUUCUCCGUGCUCGUGUGGAGCAACUGAAGCCGGACGUCCACAUUUUCGGCCACACGCACUUCGGUUGGGACACUGUGCUGGAUGGUGUCCGCUAUGUGCAGGCCGCCUUGGGAUAUCCUCACGAGAGGGAAAUGAGGUGGUUGAGCAUGGCUAAUGGCGACUUCGGUGCUGCGCCACUGUUGCUCUGGUCCUCCUCCUCGGGCUUCAGCAAGAGGUCCAGGUGUCGAUGGUCUGCCUACUAUGAACAUUAUGGCCGGAAGCCUGAAAAGGUCCUCGAAUUGGCGAGCUAUGCCGCCAGAGGCGUCAAGAAGACCAAACCUGAGGCCACGGAGUGUUUGCCAGACUUUUCGUUCUGGUAG